AUGAUGCGAUAUUCCACUUCGGCCAGCGCUGAGGCCACUAAAAAGGCAGAACAAAACUACAAGAUUAUCCAACAAGUUGGCGACUUUGAAAAGAUACAAGCCAGUCGGCCCGCAUUCUCCCACGACGAGCCCAUCACAACCACCAAGCAUCCUGAUCCUCAAUGGAGCUAUGGCCAAGGGGUCAACCGCCAAUCUGCCUCUGAGGAAGACGUCAGUCACAAGGAAAUCGACCCCUACGCGGAUGGUCGGCCCAUGGUCAGCAACUACCGCCUCCUGGUGUCGGGCAUCGCACCCCGGCCCAUUGGCUUUCUUAGCACCGUAUCAGGCGACAAGAAGACGAAAAACUUGGCCCCUUUCAGCUACUUCCAGGUCAUUGACCACGACCCUCCCAUGUUUGUCGUAGGUUUCUCGUCUCGCCCUAGUGGGCCGAAAGAUACAUAUCGCAACCUCAAGGAGACUGGGGAGUGCGUUAUCAACACGGUCUCGGAGAACAUGAUAGAGGCAGUUAAUGCUUCAUCCAUUGAUGCGCCAUACGGUGUCUCAGAGUGGGAGCUUUCUGGUCUUCAUGAAGCCCCAACUACCACCGUUGAGCCAUCCCGAGUUCGGGAAUCAGUCUUCUCCAUUGAGGGAAAAGUGGUCGAUAUCAAAGAGUUCAACGACCACCAAAAGAGCGGGAUGAGCAUUGCGAGUUUGGUCCUGAUAAAAGCGACGAGGUUCUGGGUACGAGAGGAUGCAAUCAAUGACGAAGCUGACCAUAUCAGCCUUGAGAAGCUUCGCCCCAUUGGUCAACUUGGUGGCAUCUCCUACGGCCGCAUCAGUUCUACAUUCGAGUUACCAAGGACAAGAUGGGAUGAUGAGCAUCCUAAGAGCGAGCUUCUGACUGAACUAAACAAGAAGCAAGGUCAAUGA